GUACAGCCAACAAAUAAAAAAAAAGAUUAAUUAAAAAAGAAAGGCAGAUUGGAGCCAGACCAGGAAGCAUCUUGAAUGUCAUCCCAGCAUACUUAAACUUGAUCCUGAGGCAGUUGGGACCCAGUGACAAUUUUUGAGCAAAGGUGUCAACUGGAAAAAUGAGUUUUGUUUUUUGUUUGUUUGUUCGCUGCAGCUGCAGCAAUGCCAGAUCCUUUAACCCACCAUGCCGGCCAGGACUCAAACCUGUGUCCUGGCACUGCAAAGACGCCAAUCCUUAUCCCGCUAUGCCACAUUGGGAACUCACAGGCAUAUUUCUUUAUAAAGUAUUCAUACAUGUGAAUUUCCUUUACAUGGUGCAGCAGGUUAAGAAUCUGGUGUUGUCACUGCAGUGGCUUGGAUCAUUUCUGUGGUGAGUGAGGGUUAGAUCCUGGCCCAGCAACUUCCAUGGGCUGCCUGUGCAACCAAAAAAAUGAAAAGAGUUGUUAAAAAUAAAAAAAAGAGAUAAAUACAGGAUCUGACCUCAUAUUUUCUUCCCACGCCCUAUUUACCACCAACAAAAUACAAACCAGCAUCUUUCACCCAAAGCUCAGGGUGUCGGGGACUGGGCACAGCCAUGCCACCCUUGGGCUGCUGGGGAUCUGAGAACCAGAGAGUUCAGCCUCUUCCCUCCCAGGGGGUUGGUUCUGGGCAGAAGCACCUCCCGCAGUGCUGCCACCAUCUUGAGCCAGCCGGAGGUGGGGGGGUGGAUGAGCCUGGAUUAUCUGUGGAAGUGGGGGGCAGGGAGGCUCUAGGGCUGCAGGGUGGCCAGAGAGAGUUCGGGGAGGUGAAGGCGCCAUGCCACUGCAGGAUGACACCCUCCGAGAGGUGUGGGCUUCUGACAGGUCUGGAAGCCCCCACAUCAUCCUACCUGAACCCUGGGGGAUCCAGAUGGAGGGUUUGGGGAGGGGAAGGAAACAAGGGGGCGGCAGACAGACUGAUUCCUUUGUGACCCUCAGUGGGCCCGAGGAGGAAGGCCGGAGCCCGGAGGUCCAGCAGCACACCAAGCCGGUAUGUCACCCCCUCUUGGGAAGCAGGUGGAGGGAGCCCCCAACUGUAAACCCAGGCAGGACAGGGGGUCUGGGAGUGGGGCGGUUCCGUCAGCACCCACUGAGGGUUGCGGCUUCCCUGGAGGUUUUUGUUUUGCUUUGUUUUGUUUUUGCAGGGAAGGGGGGGGCAUAGGGUGUCGGGGGAGGAACUGGGGCUCUGGGACACUGGAGGUGGCCAUGAUGCAUGGGAGGGGGUCAUUGUUCCUCACAAUUGUUCCAGGCAAGAAGGGGCCUGGCUCCCCUCGGGAUAAGCCGAGGUUAUUUCUGGCGGCUCAAGAGAUUAGAGGGGGCUGGGCAGCCCUCGGAGCCCCCCUUUCUGUCCUCUCCCUCCUCUUGACGCCAACCCCGCAGAGACAGAAGUUGAGGAAGAAGAAGACCGAGGCCCCAGAGUCCCCCGGGCCCACAGGAUCCAAGCCCCGGAGAUCUGGAGCCGGACGGAGGGGGCGGCCGCGGCCUCCCGCCGAGCCCCGGGCGCCGCGGACGGACUACACCAAGUUCCUCAGGGACCCCGAGGCCAAGAAGCGCGACCCCCGCGACACCUUCCUGGUAGCCCGCUUCCCAGACGCCGAGGAAGGGGAUGAGGAGGAAGAGGAGGACCUUGAAGAGGAAGAGGAAGAGGAAAAGAAAGAGAAACUCCAUCUGCCUUCCAAGAAGCCCCCCAAAGAGAAGGCUUCCACGGACAUUAAGGAGAAGAAGGCCAAGGCCCAGGGUUCAAAGGGGGACCUGGAAAGCCCUGUCCCCCCACUGAAACCUCUGCGCAUUAAGAAGAAGGACGUGCCAGCGGGGGAAGGGACCAAGAUGAGAAAGACGAGGAAGAAAGGGGCCGGGGAGGCUGACAAGGACCACGCAGUGAGCCCGACCAGAGCAACGAGGAAGACGCCAGCAGCCAUGUUUCUGGUUGGGGGCGCUGGCCCAGCGGAGAAACCUCGCAAGAAGAAAGGCCCAGGCCUUGCCAAAGGCUCGGAGGAGGAGAGGAAGGAGGAAGAGGAUGAAGAGGAAGAGGCGGCGGCUGUGAUGACCAAGAACAGCAAUCAGAAGGGCAAAGCAAAAGGAAAAGGCAAAAAGAAAGCGAAGGAGGAGAGGGCCCCAUCCCCACCCGUGGAAGUGGACGACCCCCAGGAGUUCGUGCUUCGGCCAGCCCCCCAGGGCCGCACGGUGCGCUGCAGGCUGACCCGGGACAAGAAGGGCAUGGAUCGGGGCCUGUAUCCUUCCUACUUCCUGCACCUGGACACGGAGAAGAAGGUGUUCCUUUUGGCCGGCAGGAAACGGAAACGGAGCAAGACAGCCAAUUACCUCAUCUCCAGUGACCCUACCAAUCUGUCCCGAGCCGGGGAGACUUUCAUCGGGAAGCUGAGGUCCAACCUCCUGGGGAACCGCUUUACCGUCUUUGACAACGGGAAGAACCCCCACCGUGGCGGCAGCGUCGAUGUGGGGAGCCUGCGGCAGGAGCUGGCAGCUGUGAUCUACGAAACCAACGUGCUGGGCUUCCGAGGUCCCCGGCGUAUGACGGUCAUCAUUCCUGGCAUGAACUCGGACAACGAGAGGGUCCCUAUCCGGCCCCGCAAUGCCAGUGAUGGGCUGCUGGUGCGCUGGCAGAACAAGACACUGGAGAGCCUCAUCGAGCUACACAACAAGCCUCCCAUCUGGAAUGAAGACACUGGCUCCUACACCCUCAACUUCCAAGGUCGAGUCACCCAGGCCUCGGUCAAGAAUUUCCAGAUUGUCCACGCAGAUGACCCCGACUACAUCGUGCUGCAGUUUGGUCGCGUGGCCGAGGACGCCUUCACCCUAGACUACCGGUACCCGCUGUGCGCCCUGCAGGCCUUCGCCAUUGCCCUCUCCAGUUUCGACGGGAAGCUGGCCUGCGAGUGACCCUAGCGCCCGCCAGCGUUGGGGAAGGGAUUCAGUGGAGGCUUGCUGGGUCCUUUCACCAGAGCCUCCGCUGAAGACUCCUCCCUUGUCCGGGGCUGACCCCUCACUGUCUCCGGGUGACCUCCAUCCACUGCCCAGCCUGGCAGAGGCUGAGGCAGGGGAGGAGCUCAGACGGCAGGUCGGACGGAGAUGAAGAACAUCUGG